UUUUGAAAGUGAAAGUUGCGCGGAUAUGUGCGAAAAUUUAUAUUAGUGGUGAAGUUUUUUUUAACUAAAGUUUAUUUGCCGACGGAUUUUUAUGGCAUGAAGUGUUCAGAAAUUUACGAACGUUGCUUCCUUGCUUUAUCGUUGAAGUGCUGGCAUUCGGUUUUAUCGGACUUAGGAAAGAGACGGAUUUUGCGUUAAGAGAAGAGCGUGUUAAAUCUUUUAUACUUAAAGAAUUAUUUUUUUUUUUUGGUUUGUAAAUUUCUCGAAGACGAGGAAAAGGGAUACGUCUUUUAAGAAAGACAGUACCAGUUUUCCCAGAAGGAGCAGCAGACGUCACAGAGAAACUAGAAAACACAGAUAUACUGGAGAAUGGUGAAGACAUACACAUGAACAAAGACAGUCAGCAAGGGGAUGUCACAGAGGAAAAGACUCUCCAUACCAGUAAUAUAGACACUCACGUCUGCACUAAAUGCCAGACAGAAUUCGUGGAUAUAAAUGAACUUCUUUCUCAUAAGAAAGACUGUAUGAAUCCAGUCAUGUUGUUGCUUAAAGACAGUAAUGAGAAAACUGAGAACCAGACUGAUAUGUGUAACAUGAAUGGUUUCACAACACAAGUAUCUGAUGACCCAGAUGCAGUGAAUGGGGAGAAUGGUUCACCAGAACUUGAAGCAAAUCCUGCAGUAAACUUUGACAAUUUCCAGACUGGUCAUGAUGAAGUUGAUGCUGGUGCAGAGGAAGAUGGCUUUGAAAAUCAGUCAAAUUUUGAUGAAAUAGAAGAUGAUUAUGACAAGUCUCUAGAUGAUAUUGAAGAUGAGGAAACUGAUUUUGAUGACAUGAAAGAGAAUGAACUUGGUGAAAAAACAAAAACUAGUAUAACACCAACUCAGCUGUCUGCCUACAUGCAGCAAUUACAAAGUUUGAUACCUGGUAUGAAUUCCAAUUCCAGUUCUAAUGUCAUGUUAGAGCCAAUGGAAGCCACAAAAGCAGCAGUGGCACAAUUUGCUGAAAAUAAUCCAGAAGAGGAGAAAGAUGUAGGCAAACUUCAUGCAACUCUGUAUAACUUGCAGCAGCAACAGAUCAUGCAGCUUCAGUUGAUACACCAACUACAACAACAGUUGGUAGCAGGUGGGUUACAGAAUGGUCAACAGCUUCAUACAGCUCUGAUGAACAGCCAGCUUGGGGCUAGCUUUCCUGGGUUUAAUUUGCCAGGACUUUCUGGCUUACCAAAACCAGAUCCAUCUUCGAAAGCAUCUUCUCAGCGAGAAUCUCCUUCACCAAAGUCGGAAGUUCUUUCUACAAGUGAAAAGGUAAAGGAAGAACUGUCAAGAGCGACUUCACCCACUCAGUCGGAGCAACAGUCACCAGAACCUUCUUCGACAACAAUGUCAGCAUCGGCAGCAGUUGGGUCAACACCAGAACCUCAAAGUUCCAGUUUUACAUCACCAACCUCACUCCUGAUGUCAGCUGCUAGCAAAGCAGGGCAGGUUUCCACGGCAAAUAGUUCACCAAGUUCGUCUGGUAUCCUUGACUACAGCGGAACAGGAUCAAAAGAGAGCAGUGAAGGAAGGUCAUACCUUGGAGGAGAUGACCCGUUCUUCAAGCACAAGUGUCGGCUAUGUGGCAAGGUGUUUGGUAGUGACAGUGCUCUUCAGAUUCAUGUUCGUUCACAUACAGAUGAGCCAAUACAUGAUGCGUUUUUCGUGGACGGUGUACCCUUGGGUUUGGGGGCGGCGCUGUCCACUUCAGAUUUUUGGACAUGGGAAAAACCAUUCCAAUGCAACAUUUGUGGCGGCCGAUUCUCAACACGUGGAAAUCUCAAAGUACAUUUCCAGCGACACAAGGCAGAGUUUCCAAAUGUGGAAAUGAAUCCAAACCCAGUUCCCGAGCACAUGGAUAAAAAUCCAAUGCCUCUUCUAGGGUCACCGUUUCCAGCCGCAGCACUUACGCCAUUUGCAAAUCCCGCAUUCAUGAUGCCUGGUCUGAUGAAUGGCUUUAUGUUUCCCCCGCCACAUCUUGCCCCGAGACAGCCAAUCGCAGCACAUUCAAUGAUUCCAAAAUCAAACUUCGAUGAAAGACGACCUUCAAGCCCAAAACGAGAAUCAAGGCCAUCUGAUAUUAAGAAAGAAGUUAGUCCUGAUCGCCACAGGUCAGAUAUUCCUCCAAGACGAUCGCCAGACAUAAAAGAAAAUGUAAAGUCUUCAGUAUCCUCUUUGGCUUCAUCAGGCCAUUUGAGUAAACCUAGUCCAGUGAUGCCAAUGUCAAGUAUACCACUGGUCAGUACUUACCCAGUUAUGUCGCCACUUCCAUCUCAACCACCAUUUCCUCACCACAGACCGCCAAUAAUGACCUCAUCUGCAAUGUCAAACAAUGAUCCAUUCAGAAACACUAUCUUGCCAUCAAAUAUCCUGGACAAUGAUGAUAAUCUAGAACAGUUUAUGGAGAUCGACAAAUCGGAGACGAGCAAACUCCAGCAGCUUGUUGACAACAUAGAGCAUAAACUUACUGACCCAAACCAGUGUGUGAUCUGUCACCGAGUUCUCAGCUGCAAAAGCGCUCUUCAAAUGCACUACAGAAUUCACACGGGAGAACGGCCAUUCAAAUGUAAGAUCUGCGGCCGAUCUUUUACAACUAAGGGCAAUCUGAAGACACACAUGGGAGUUCAUCGUGCAAAACCUCCUCUUCGUAUGAUGCACCAAUGCCCUGUUUGCCAUAAACAAUUCACCAAUCUUCUCGUUCUGCAGCAACAUAUCCGCAGUCAUACUGGAAUGUCCGGACUUCCAACUCUGCCGGGACUGAGUCAUCUCGGCAUGUAUGCAUCGUCCCGGCCCAGCAUGGAUGACCGCAUGAUGGGUCAUCCUGGUAUGAACAUGAAGCGUCACUACCCAGAAGAAUAUGAGAAAGAGCUGGAUCUUAGCAAGAAACCAAGAGUUGAUCGGGAGGAGGAGAAACUUACAAGCAGCGUGAGAUCUGAGCCAGACGACAUUGAGGAGGGUACUGAGGACAUGAGUGACAAUGAGGAACAGAAUGAAAUGGAUGACGAGGCCAAUAAGAUUGCAGCUGAUGAAGCCAAGAAGGAGGGACUGAAUCAGGAAAGCAGCGAUGGCAGAUCCACGCCAGACAAUUCCAGAGAUGGGGUAGAAAAAAGUGAUGAAAACCAAAGAACUCCCCAGUCGAGUGAUGCCCUGUCCUUCCCUUCAUGUCUGCCAAGAUCUUCCAGCCCAAAAUACCUUCAGGAAGACUCAAAUCCGUCACAAGAAGGCAAAUUCAAUGCUUAUUCCACAUCGCUAGCCGCUCUAGAGGAACGAGUACGCCAGAUUGAUACUACCAUGGCUAGAAACCCUCUGUCUCAGUUUCAUGCAGCUCCAUUUCUAUUGGCUCCAUCGUAUUCUACUGGAGAAGGUGGAGUGUCACCUCGCUCAGAAUCCGGAUCAGAUGAAGGUCGGAAAGCUUCAACUCCUGGAAGCGUUGGCGAUGGAAGUCUAGGGUGCAAUUAUCUCCUUGGUGCCAUGGAUGGCAGACCAGUAGAUGGUAGUAAUAAAUCGACAACAUGUAACGUUUGUUAUAAGGUGUUUGCAUGCAGGAGUGCGCUAGACAUUCAUUAUCGCAGCCAUACUCGUGAAAGACCGUAUAAGUGUGACCUUUGCGAUAGGUCUUUUACAACACGUGGUAAUAUGAAACAACAUCUACUUACACAUAAAUUAAAUGAUGGGUCAGAAAAUGGUGACUAUGAAAGCAAUAAUAAUAACACGUGUACUCCAAAUCAGAAUGACAAUGAUAGCGAAGAUAGUGAUGAUUCAACAGAAUCUCAUCAUACAGAAAUACGUCACAAAGAACAUGUGGAAUCUCAGGUCAUUACGAAAAAAGACAUUUCGACACCACCUGAAAAAUCCUCCUCGUCAGUAACUACUCAGUCAUCAUCUUCCUCAGCAAGUAGAAGUUCAGGUGUUUAUUCCAGUUCUGAUAACCAGUCUCCAUUUAUUAGUAAAAACCCAACAGUUAAGCAUCAAUGUCUUGUAUGUCAGAAAGGUUUCUCCAGUGCAAGUGCACUUCAAAUCCACAUUAGGACUCACACGGGUGACAAACCAUUCAAAUGUAAUGUUUGUGGCAAGGCCUUUACGACAAAAGGUAAUCUUAAGGUACACAUGGGAACACAUAUGUGGAACAACAGCCCCAGUCGACGUGGAAGACGUAUGUCUAUUGAGCCACCAUUCAUGCUUGCCCAUAAAGAAAAUCCUUAUCUGCCUCAUGGUUUCCCGCCAAGGCCUGAAUUUUACCCAUUUCAGUUUCCGCCAUUUAUGAAUGGACUUCCGACACCCCCAAAGUCUCUGUCAGAUGUGGCUCUCCUGCCUGGAAUGAGCCGAAUGAAACAAGAUAUGUCGUCGCCCCCAAAUGAUGAAAGACGUAAAUCUGAAAGCAGCCCGUCUCGAGAAGAGAAACCAAAAUAUGCAGAAUCAGGAGAACUUGAUCUCAGCAUGAAAUCCACAGGUUCAUCAGGGUCAAGGUCAUCAGAGAAAACAUCACCAUCCAGUGUAGACUCAAAUGGAUCGUCUGGAAUGGUGUCACCCCCUCACAUGUCUCUUGGGUGGGGCUGGAAAGCAUCAUGCCAUCUCUGUAGCCGAUCAUUUCCUACACCAGCAGCUCUUGAGCACCAUGUACGAAGCAUGCAUAUGGUUGGAGCCUCGUUACCAAAGGUUGAGGCGUCAUGAUAUCAGUAAAACUAAGAAUAGAUAGAAAUAUGGCAGAAAUAUCAUUCCUGUAAACUGAUAGAUAAAAACAAAAAGCCCCGUGCUUGUAUUGUGCAGCUGAAAUAUGAACCAUGGUAAACCAUAAGCACGGUUGACUCAAUGCACAGACUCGGACACAAAUCCUUGAAACUUACUUGUUGUAACUAGUGAAACAUUUUAUGUCAGAAAAAUGUGAAAAAGUGUUGUGACUGGCCAAGAAGUAUUACACUAACUCACUAGUCUCACUGAAUAUAGUAUUAUGUGGUUAAUGUUGUAAAACACAACAUUUUUCAAACUAGAUCGGUGUUCUAGGAAGAAAACAAAACUUUAAAUGUUUUCUUUGGAGAUUUUAUGGAAAUUCAGUUUGAAUUUGAUGAAGAUUUAAAAAAGUUACUUCUGUUGAAGACAGAAUAGUUGAAAAAGUACUAAUGUGGAAUUGAAGUACACUGGUUUUGGAGAAAAAUGUUGAAAGAUUUUUAAAAAAAAUUACUUGUUCAUAUAUAUAUAUAUAUCACAUAGAAUGUAUAUAUUCCAUUUUGUUGUUAAAGUGACUGUUAAGCUUUAAGGUCAUUGCAAAAACUAAAUGUUUGGUUUUCAGACAGUUUGAUCUAGAUUUUUGUUCUGUAUUUUUGUUUAGACACUAAACAGAGUAGGAUAACACUUGGUUUAACUCUAAAAAGACAUAGUGCAUGCUGAAAUAGUGAGUAGGAAUUGGGGUUAACACAUUUUGUGGAAGACCUAAUGUCUGUCAACCAAACAUUGUUUUCUAAUGACCUUACUUUUUUAUACAUUAGACUGUUUUGAGUAUUUUUUUUGUACAUGAAAGCAGAUACCUUUGAGAGUCAAAGAUUUCUUGAUGUUUUCUGUGCUGCGAUUUUUAUUAGAUUUUAAAUGUCAGAACACAGUAAACAUGUAUAAUUUCAAUUUUUGCUAGAAUGUAUGAUGUACAUGUAUCAAGUGUUCAAUGGUUGUGAAUUAAUGGUUAUAAAAGCUAGUUCAAAAAUGUUAUUUCAAUUUAUAGCAAAAAAUAUAAAGCUAUUUUGCAGGAAUCUCUGGACCAUGUCUAUCAUUUUUGGUUUCUUUAUUUUGUUUCGUAUUUAGUAUUGGUUAAGUUUUGACUUUUAUCAAAGCUACAUUACAUCUUGUAGAAGUAUCUAAAACAGUAAACUUUGUUGCCUCAGUUUUUUGCAGUAUAAUUCUGAUAAAAUGAACAUAUGAAAAGUAUACAUUCAUCUUCAGAAAAUUUUGUAUUUUCCUGCAGUAUUAAACUUAAAGAGCAAGGCUGGAUGAAAAAAGAUAAUUUCUUCACUAUAUCAAAAUUUUACUCUAUAUGGUUUGUUUUUCCAUGUUAUUGUUAAGACAAGUUCAUAAUACUGUGUUCAUACUGUAUUGUUACAGGUUGUACAUUAUUUCUCAUUUACGCAAAUUUGUUACUUUUUUUCCAUCAAUGUACGCAAGUUUUAUAGUGUUUACAAGUUUUGCAUUGUAGGGGCUUGACAUUUGUUUCUCCCUGCAGAUUUUUAAGACAGUUAAAAUGGAAUUAUCUAGUCACAGACAUAAAUUCUUGCAAUAUCGCUUAAUGUUGUCACAGCAAUAUGGUCUUUUAUAAUAGUAAAGUCAUUUAUCUGGACGCUGCCACAAGUAAACUUCACAGUAUUUUUUCAGGGUUUUUUUUGUAUAAGAAUGUGCUUGCUUGCUUUUAAAAUUGACACACUAUUUCCAUUGAAAAAAGCGAAGUAAAAUGUGUUGUGUUUUUGCUCCAUAAUUGUUGUCUUUCUUACUUAAACUGAUGUUUAAGACAUCUUCUGAAGUCAGUAUUUGUUUAGAAACAUGAAAUACGUUUUUUAAUAGGUAUAUAAAUAUAGUUACAUUCUCUUCUUCAUAAUUGUUAAAGCACUUUUUUGUAUCUAAAAUGUAUUUUGUUACCAGUGAAGGUAAUUUUUGUAACUUAAAGGUAACUUUUGUAACAUAAAGGCAACAUUUGAAGCAUAAAGGUAACUUUUGUAGCAUAAGGUAAUUUUUGUAGCAUAAAGGUAACUUUUGUAACAUAACAGUAACUUUUGUAGCAUAACGGUAUCUUGGUUUAUGUACUACAGAUAUUAUUAAGCAUACAUGUUACCUAUUGUCAAUCAAAGUAACACAUUGAUAAAAAAAAAUUACAAUUUAUUAAUUCAAGUUUUCUUGGCAAAAAAACCCAAAACUUUGACAAUACAAUGCAACAAAAUUAGACAAACAUUUCAGAUGCAGCUGUAUCUAGUGUUGGCCACUCAUAUCAGUGGUCUUGGGUUAAAACCAGCUCGAGUCACAAACCACACCUGAUAGGGUACCAGUACUUAAUUUUCUCUUGGUGCACAGUUGAAAAGGGUACACUCUUUUUCAUAAGCUUUAAGACUUCUUUAUAACCAAGUUUAAAUAAAUGAAUUUAUUGUUUACCUGUAAAAAAUUUAAAAUACAUGUACCAAGAGUGCAAAGUUACUUAAGUUGCCCGUUACUUAAAUAUUACACAACAUUUCACGUAAUAACUAUUUCACUUUGUCAGUCUCUUACAGGUCACUUUAACCUUUACCCUGCUAAAUUUCUAUCAUGGAUUGGUCCAUCAUUCAAUUUGGACAAUACCAUUUAUUAUCAAAAGGGGUGUUCACUGAAAAUUAUACUGACUGAAUAGUGAACAGUACAGACAAUGACCAGCCUGCACGAUAUGUAGGCUGAUCUUUGUCUGCACUGAUCGCAAAGCCAAAAUCACUUGCCACCAGCAGGUUAAAGGUUAAUGAAUAUACACAGUUUUCACAUGAAUUCACUGACAUUAAUUACAUUUUAUAGACAAUGUCCUGCUAUUUAGGGAGUACAGUGAAAAUAUUAGGUUGUUUAUAUCUUGUAAGCUGUCAUUGCACUUAGAAAUUAGCUUCACUCACUGGGGACUGCAUCAUGAAAAAAUGAUUGAUUUCUUAAAAUUCUAAAUUCCUUAUAAUUUUUGUCCUUAUUUCUGCAGAAACAAAACGUUAGAUAAACCAAUAUUCAUUGCAAACAGAAGUUUCUAAGUCCAGAAUGUGAUAGAAAAACUGUUUUCAACUGAGUAUGUUAUAGAUGUUUUUGUUAUAAGCUAAAUGAAAUAAGGACAUCAUCUGAAUGCAGAUUUAACUUGAGUUCUUCAAAAUAAGUUGUUUGGUCUUGCUUUGAAUAAGAGAAGUUGAAUUUUUAUGUCCUACUCUGAACGGGGUAUAUUGCUUUACUCCGGCCAUGUCUAUCUGUAGGUCUGUCUUUCCUUUGGCAACUAGACUACUUGGUUUCAGAUCAGUAACUUAUGAGUGCUUUGCCUGGUCAGUCUAUUAUCUUAUAAGUUUUUGGGUCAAAGGUCAAAGUCACAUUGACCUUUAGACAGAAAACAGUUGUUGCUUGAUAACUUAAGAACAAUUAUGCCUACUGCUUUUUAACUUCAUAGAAUUAUUACCUUUGGUCAAUAGAUAACCCCUAAUAUUUUUAGGUCAUUAGGUCAAAGGUCACAAUGACCUUGAAAUUGGAAAAUUUAAUGGAGUUGAUCAAUAUCUGAAGCACGUUUUGGCACAGGCUGUCAAAAAUGGUAGGAUGAACGUCUGUGGUAUAGAGAUGAGCCCUAUUGUUUUUAUAUCACUAAAGGUCAAGGUCAUGGCAUACAAAAUUUAAUACCCAGUUGUCUCCAUUAUAUUGUCUGGGUUUUAUGUGAUUGAAAAACGAACACAGCUUUUUUGACAUUGUUUUGACAUUUUUCUACUUUAUUUUUAAUUUUUGACCAUAAAAGAAAAAAAAAUGCAUUCAUGUACUGUUGUAUUCACCCCCAACCCCCACCCCAACAUAUGCUUACACUGUCUAUAUUAUAUUAAAUUUGCACAGCUGGAAUUAAUUGCUAGGUGUUCAUAUAGAUUCUUCGAGGUUUUUAUAAACAAUGGUCUUUGAAACAUAAUUACUUAGAUCCCCAGCCCUGUGGUAAGCAAAAUUGAUCUACAUUUUAUUAAGGUCAGGUUGGAAGGGCUCCUUGCCCAGCAGUAACAAGAUCUUACCAUGUGACCAACUGCAUCACCUUCAGUAACCAACAAGAAAUGUAAAUGACCAUCUGGCUUUAAAUUUCUUUUGACUUUUACAUGAAUAAGGUCAUGAUAUAUUUAGUCAUUUUUACACCAAAGAUUUUUAUAGCAUGUUUCACUGUGUUGUUACACACAUGUCAAAUGCUUUGCUUUUAUAUGCAUAUCAAAGUAUAAAACUGGGACGCAAUUUGUUUUAUGUAUAGUCUAUAAUAGUUGUUACAGAUGUUUCUGCUGUUUAUUUGCCUGCAUUUCUUUUUUGCACUUUUUACAAUUUUAUUAUUAUGUAUAUUAUGUUUCACGCAAUGGUGCUUGUGUGUAUACACAAAUUUAAUGGUUAUUUUAGUUUAUUUGUUAAAAUGUAUAUAUGAUUUUCAUCUAUUAAUUCAAUAUGUAAUUUUUAUUCUAUUUCAUUUGAAACCUCUAAAACAAAGAAUUUUCUUACUGGUGUGGAUGUAGUACAUACGCCAAUGCUUUUGUUAUGCUGCUUAACUUAUUUUGGGUGUCCUAGAAUAAAAAAAUGAAGACUAAAUAUCCUAGAAUGCAAAAUUAGGAGUUAAUAUUACAUACACAGAAAACAAUAUAGUUUUAUCAAUGUUAGGUUUUGUUUAAGAAUAUAUAUUAACCUAUAAGCCCUUUUUGCUGUAUUUUUAGUGCAGCAUUGUUAAACAGUGUAGGGUUUCUUCCUUUUUGACACAUAAAUGAUGUAUGUCUAGCACAUAGUUUUGAUUUCUGUGAAAAUAAAUAGUUAAGAAUACACAGUGCAUCUUAAUGACUUUGAGUUGGAGAUUAUUUUUGGUCAUGUGAUUUCCAGCCAUCUUUGAUUCAAAAAUAGAAAUGGUAUCUUCUAAUGUUGGGCUUUAUAAAUAUUACAGAUGUAUGCAUAAUUGAAAUUGUUCUGUGAUAAUGCGAAAUCCUUUAUAUUUAAUUAUUAUUUAAUUGAAUUAGGUGAGAAUCUGAUUGUUAGAAAAUCAUUUAGGAACAAAUUCUAUAAACUUUUCAUGAAAUUUCUUGUCUUUGUGUGGCAAAAACGAUGAAAUUUGUAGUUUAUCUUUAUCACAAGAUUUCUGCCGGUUGAUUUUUAUGUGAUUAGGUAUUGUUAGCUUAAAUUAACCAAUAUAUAUAUUCUAUUUUAACUGUUACAUAAUUGUAAUGACUGUUAAAGAUGCUUGAUUUUCUACAUCCUGCAGUCGUAGUAAUUGAAUAAAAUGAGCUCUUCCUAUAACACAUCUUCACAAUCUUGUAUACAUAUUAUGUCACACAUAUGUAUGUCCCAGAUUUCCAGUAAUUAAAUUUAUUCAAAGCUAUGUCCAGUUUUAAUUUACAGUGCAACUGAUUAGUUUUAGAGGAAAGUCUGUAUUUCAUGUAGUUAUUUUAUAAUUUAAAAUGUUUUUAUGGCCAUGGAAAAUUAGGGGAAAUAUAUAGACAGAAUUGAAAAAAAAGUGAAUCUCAGUUAUAUGUCAUAAUAUGUAAAGUGUUGUAAAUAUAGUUGUAUACUUUUCACAGAAAUUUUCCAGUUUGGAUUGUAUUGAAUGAAUUUGAGAUAAAACUCUGCCACAAUAUUUCAAAUAUUUUGAACAUUUUUACAUUAUUUUUUCUUAAGAAUCCUCAUUCAAAGGUUGUUGAUUAAAUGUUCAUUCUAAUGAAUUUUACACACUUCUUGUUGAUAAUAAUAGUAUGCAUGCUUUCUCCACAUGUUAAGUACACAGUUAAUACCCAUUUUCUUUAGUACAAAAAGUAUAUACAUCUUUUUUUGUCUAAAGGUUGUAUUGGUGUUACUGUCUGAUGUGUAAAAACCUCAAAUUUUCACUCCAUAAAUUCUCAAUAAUUUAUAAUCAUUUUACUAAUUCAAAUAGGUGGAAAAAAAGCUAAAAACUGUGCAACUCAUUGAUUAAACUGCCUUUCAUUUUCUGUCAUUUUCUGAAAAUAAAUGAAAUUUCCAAUAUUUAUGCUUAACAAAUAUUUUGAGCAUGUGGCAUUUUUACUGUAUGUAUUGUCUCGUUUGGAUGUUUUUGUAUACAAAUUGAUAAUUCCAUGCCAAAUGAUUGCCAAACUAUUUCACUUGCAUAGUACCUGUAAUAUGUAGAAACAAUGUUGUUUUGUUUUAAAAGUCCAUUAUGUACCAAGUGUAGUUUGAAAGAAAGAAAUGUUUACGAUGAGUAAAAGUGUGAAUGUAUAUAGAUUACAUAUAUAAUGUAUAUAUAAGUAUAGUAGAUAAUAGGUACAUAUACAUUGUUGAAGUCAAAAGCAAAUAAAGUCAAGUGUAAAAGCAA